AUGUCAAAAGAGACAAAGGGAGAUCCCAGAUGGCGCAUGCACCACGAUGUCCAACAUUACCAGCCGGUCCCUGCGCGAUCUGCUUGGGCAAUGAAGCCGCACCAGGGUCUCAGCGACCACCGAGUCGCCUUGACGCAAGAUGCGAUUCGUCAGAGCAAGAGCAAGCGUCGGGUGGACCGAUGUGGUCUUGAGAUGAGGUUGGUGACCCGAGGCUCGAGAGGCUGUGCGGCGGUGUUGUGGGUUGGGGAUAUGAGGCUUGUAGUGAGGCUCGCGAUGUGA